CUGGGCCUGCGCCGGAAGUGCAGUAGCGCCGCGCUCUGUGUGCCCCGGGAGGCCCGAUCCUUCCGGAACCGCCAGCUAUAAGUGGUCACUCCCUCAACGCCCGGAACUGCUCUGAGUAGUUACAGACAGAACCGCCUUAACCGGUGACGGUCCCGUGAGUGUGAGCUCAAAGGCUGGUUGAGUGUUAUUUAAAACAUCUCUCAGCAAAUGGUCAAAACCUCGGUUGGGAUGAGACAUCAUGGCACAACCUUCUUUUAGUAGAAAGGUGGGAGAGAGGAAGCUGGCGAGUUUGUAUGCCGUGGAACUGUGGAAGGCCCAGGCUGACUUCCCAAGAAGGAACUGCAGAGUACAUGAGCAAAGCCUCUAGCCUAGGACUCUGCAGGCUAGCUGCUAAUUUAACAGGGCCCCAGUAGAGAUGAAGGAGAGCAGCUGGCUGAUCCCCAGAGACACCACAUCCCUGUGACUCUAAGCACUGCCAGGGCCAGGCCAUCUGAAUCCUCAGUAUCAUGGAGCCUCCUGGAGAGAAGCCAGGAGAGACCGAGAUGCUGAGCAUCACACCCCAGCUGCUGAAGUCCCGCUCUGGAGAGUUUGCCCUUGAUUCCAUCCUAUUGCUGAAACUUCGGGGUUUGGGGCUGGUGGACCUGGGCUGUUUGGGGGAGUGCCUGAGCCUUGAGUGGCUUGACCUAUCGGGCAACGCACUUACCCACCUGGGCCCACUGGCAUCCCUGCGCCAGCUGGCUGUGCUCAAUGUCUCCAAUAAUCGGCUCACAGGGCUGGAGCCACUGGCAGCCUGUGAAAACCUGCAGAGCCUCAAUGUUGCUGGUAACCUGCUGGCUACUCCUAGCCAGCUGCAGUGUCUGGCUGGGCUGCAGGGCUUGGAGCACCUGAGGCUCCGGGACCCUUUGGCCCGGCUAAGCAACCCGCUAUGCGCCAGUCCCUCUUACUGGGCUGUGGUUCGAGAGCUGCUACCUGGUCUCAAAGUCAUAGACGGGGAACGUGUGAGUGGGCAGGGCAGUGAGCUGUACCAGUUAUGCCGAGACCUGGACAGUUCCUUGCGCCCCAGCUCCAGCCCAGGCCCCAGAGCAAUAGAGGCCCAGCCAUGGGUGGAUCCUGACUACUGGGAAUUCUGGCCCAUGCAGAACAGCUCCAUUUUGGAAGAGGCCUGCAGGCAGUUCCAGGACACACUGCAGGAAUGCCUUGACCUGGACCGCCAGGCCGGUGACUGCUUGGCGCAGGCCCAGCAGGCCCUGAGCCCGGCAGAAACCACCUCUUCCUUUGUCUUCUGAAUGCGCCUCACAGCCCAGGUAUUCUCAUUGUCGUGAUGUUGCCUACAUCUCUUUCCUACCCCAUGCCCUUGCCUCUCUGGUUUUCUCUGGUCACUGACCUUGCAAAGUAGGUUGUUCAUUUACCCCUUUCUUGAGAGCAUCCUAACACACGAGCAGGGACAUGCUUUCCGGCUGGCCUCUAGCAGGUAUAGGAGAUUCCCCUCACGAUCUGGCAAAUGCUGCAGCCAGGUCCAGGGGCAUGCUGAGCCCGGGCUCUCCCAAGUGCCGAGCCUGAGGCUUUGUGGGCAAGGUUACUUGCCACCUGCUAACUGAUUAAAUAGUUCUCUGCUCAUUUGGAUCAUUUCUUGUCUCUUCCUCAGCAAAAGUGCAGGCUUCCAUGCCUCCGUUUUGGUCCUGUAGGAGAUUCUACACUCACCCUACAUGCUCCUUCCUGUACUAGGCAGGAAGUGUGGGGACUCACUUACACACCCAACCCUGAGCUUUCCUUACAUGUGCAGGCUGAGCUGCGGGAAGAGCAACAACACAAGGUUGGAAAUGAACAGACUCAGCAAUUUUAUUAGCUUGGAAUAUUUCGUCUUUGGGAGCCGGUGUGCUUCCACUGGCUGCUGCCACAGCUGCACAGGAAGAUGGAGUUCUAGAGAAGAAGGGGAAACCAGACUGAGUACGAACGAGGUGGUUUUGGUCUGAUCUUAGCUUUCAGCCAAGUUUCGCACACCCCUUCUCUGCCUCCCUCCGUCCGGUUUUCACGCCAAGGGCGCUCUCUCCCCUCCAAUAGCCUACCUGUGCAGGGCUUAUUUGGGCUGCCGGGACCUGGAGAAGGCAAACUGUCCAGGGAAGAAGUAGCUGCGGGGGUCCUCGCCAGCCUGUUCUACCUUAGUGCACUGGACCUCCUGAGGCUCCUGCCAGGACCAGGGUGCUGCAGCGGUGCCUGGGGGGAGAGGCACCACCGCAGCCCGGGGAGUGUCUCAGCCACCCCAUCCCACUCUCCUUCCAGCUUCCGGUGCUUAUCCCACAGACCCAGGCGUGGGCUGCUCCCGCCCCCUCCCUAACCUCUGUCCCUUCUUACCUGAGGCCCUUGCCUCAGUAUCGGACAGUGGACCAUCCGGCCCAGAACUUUACCCUUGGGGUCCAAUUUGAUGCAGGCCAGGCAUUUCCGCUUUCUCUGGGGUGGAGAGUGUGAGAGAGGGAAAAAGGAGUGAGGACACCACGAAGGUCAGUGGGGCCUGGCCUUGGCGUUCUCUAGAGUGGAGGGAGGUAGUGGUUUGGGUGAGAAUGUGCCUGAUAGGUCCAGAUAUUCGAACACCUGCUCUCUGGUUGGUGGCUGUUUCGGGACGGUUAGGUUUGCCUUUGAUGGGGAAAUGUGUCACGGGGGCAGGCCACUCUUUCUGCUUCCUGCUUGCUUUUGAGGAUGUGAGCCCUCAGAUUCCUGCUCUGGAUACGGUGCCUGCUGGUAGAUGCAUCUCCCUGCCUCCCUGCCAUGAUGGACUUUUAUCCCUCUGGAACUGUGAGGCGAAAUAAAGCUUUCCUACUAGUU